GUAUCAGUGGAUAAUAUUGUAGAGAAACAGUAUAAUCUGUAUCAUUGGAAUAUUGAUUCUUGACAGGAAAAUAAAGAUCAAUGAAGGAAAAUGUUAAUAUUCUGAUUUAGUGACAAUAACAUAGAAGAUGUGGAACACUACUUUGUCAUAUGAUUAUCCAUUACCUAUGAAUGAUGAACAAAUGAUACAGGAUUAUGUGGAACAGUAUAAUAAAAAUUAUGAUAAGUUUAUGAACAUAGAGAAUAGCCUCAGUAGGUAUUUAUAUGUUGUGUUUCUACUUGUUGGAACAAUUGGAAAUCUUUCAUGCGUGUAUGGUCUUUCACAGUAUUGUAGGACUGCGUGGUCAGUUUGUUUUUAUCUAGUGCUAUCAAUGAUGUUUGGAUUAAUAGAAUUGUAUAUUUACUGUGGAAACUUGUGGUUCGUGUCGAUAACAGACAAGAAUCUAACAUUUGAGAUUAACAUCUUGUCUAAUGCUGUGUGUAAAGUGUAUAAUUUUGUCACUACUGUUCUUCUUUUCUUCAACUCGUGGGUCAUGGUGGCCAUCUCCGUAGAAACAAUGAUAACCAUCGUGUAUCCACAUCGUAUGUAUAAAAUGUGUACGGUUGAGCGAGCAAGGUCAAUUGUACUUUUAAUCACAGUUUUAGUCGUUUGUUUAAAUCUUCAUUAUUUCUGGACUAUAGGACUAUCUCUACCAGAGACAAAUUCAGAUGUUGACCAUCGAAUGUGCCAUAAUAAUUACCAGCCACAACUUUCUGACGAGAUCACUAUUAUUAUUCCACUUUUGGAAUUUUUAUUGGAUAACAUUAUUCCCUUCAUAAUGGUAACUGUUUUCGUCUGUAUGACUUUAGUAACAAUGAUAUCAAAGAAAAAAGACGUUAAAUUUGACCUAAAAAAGUACAUAGUGGACAUAAAUACAUUAAUUCAGUUAAGAAAACCUACUGUAAUCAUGUUAGUUUGGUUUGCCCUCUUAAAGGCAUGUCACUGUACAGAACAAACUAUACGUUUCAUACAAAACCGAACGACAAUCGGCCUUAUAUGGGAAAUAAAAUACAUAGCGAUGUUUAAUGUCACACUGACUUAUUUUUUCAUUAGCUUCAAACCAUUGAUAUUUAUCGUAAUGUGCAAGCAGCUUAGACAAGACAUAAAAAAAGGAUUAUGUAAUAUUACGAAAUGUCUUUGUCGAUGGGAUUCUUGUGGUCAGAGUCGAUAUAAAUCUUAUAUUACCCCAGAGACCAUGUCUCCAACAGCUGGAGCUUUAAUGGCAGUAGACAAACAGUCCAAUGGGGACCUCUUGCCAAAAAUUAAAUGUACAAAUGUGUAAUUCUGUCCAGAUCAAGUUCUGUGUAUGGAUAAACUGUUUGAUGAUUAAUAUCUAUCAAGGACCCAUUCUGUAUGAGGAUCAACACCUUACAGACACUGUACAAGUGUGUAAUUCUGUCCAGAUCAAACUCUGUAUUUGGAUAAACUGUUUGCAUAUCUAUCAAGGAUACAUCCUGAACAAGGAUAAACAUUUUACAGCCAUUGAAUAAGUGAACAGAUUUUAUCAAUGUUUAAAUGACAGGAUGACAGCAAAAUAUCUAAAUAUGUAUAAAUUCUGUCAUAUAAUUGUUCAAUACUGUAAUUGAUUUCCGAAAAAUGGUGCAGAUAAAAAGACAAUGGGCCAAAUUUUUGGCUGUUAAUUCUUAUUUAGGAAAAUGCAAUGUAAUGACCUAACAGUAGAACAGUAGAGUAAGUUCUGUCAAGAUCCAGUACUAUAUAGAGAUGAACAAAUGGUGGAAAUAUGUAACAUGUAUAAUUCUGUUUGGUAUGAUUCUGAACAGAGACAAACUACUGAAGUUUCUUAUUCUGUUUGGUAUGAUUCUGAUCAGAGACAAACUACUGAAGUUUCUUAUUCUGUGUAGGUGAUAUUCUGAACAUGUCUGACAACUGAUGGGUCAUAUAUGAAGUUUAAAUCUGUCCAAGUGUAUAAACUCUGAUCAGAGAAGAACUAUAAGAGAUACCCUUAUAAUGCUUAUCUUUCUGUCAUGGUCAGUAUCUGUACCAGUAAAAAAUGCUCAUAAAUAAAUCACAGUAACUAAGAGUCUGUUAAUUUAAAUUAACAACAUGUCUGCAAAUGCUAAA